AUGUCAUGCCGCAACGGAAUAUUUCAUAUUAACCAAUCGCAAGUUCAACACACCCUUAAAACGCUUGCUCUAUGUCUUCUGGUCUAUCCAAUCCCCGUCGCGUCGUAUACGUACUAUCGAGACACUGAAUCCUGCGAUCUUGUCGGCGACGGCGACAUUUACGGCAUUGGCAUCCGUAUUAGCAUCUAUAUUCAGUCUUUUACUGCGAUAAUUGGCCUUCUUGCUUCUGGGCCCGAGGUCUUACGCCCACUGCGGUUUGGUUUCAAUGCCGUCGCCACAGCCAUUGUGAUCAAUUUCUUCAAGGACAUCAAUCGCAACGGCUUUCUAUAUCUGGAAUACUGGAUCAUUUUUGCGCAAUUGCAGUUCAUUUUAUGGAUCCUCAACUACAUAUCUAUUCUUAUGAUCAUAGCAACAACAAUGAAAGAAAACGAACCACCACAAGAUUACCAAACAUCAUUCCUGGCUUUGAUUUUUCUCUUGAUGCAUGGCGUCAGAAGAGAUAUCAAAGAAGAAUUUUGGCUGAGAUUGAACAAGUCAAUAGAUUGCAAAGAAAUGAUUAACUUCUAUGUUCCUGUUCAUAUGUACACAAAAAAAUGGUAUUACUUUCUUAGGGUCUCUUCAGUGCUGGCAGCCUCGACACUUCUACCUGCCACUAUCUUCGGUGUCGUAUUAUACUUCACCCUUGGGUUCUGGGUUGAGUUUAAGAAACUCAAUGCCAGUAAGCCACAAGCUGAGUCAGAUGCAUUAAUCUUAUCCUCUCGGAAAUCUGAUCUAGGCUACGCAAUUCUUUUUCUCAUUACUUUGUUGCCGACGACUUUCUCCCCCACUAUAUUAUAUACCAUGGUCGGCCUCUUUGCUCUUAUAUCUGGUAUCAUUUGGACUGAAGGAACUAUUCGGGUCAACAACAUCGAUCUAUCCGGCGCCACCAUCUCUUCAUCAGGUCAACUUAUUUCGCUUAUUGUCACGAUAUUUACCUCAAUACCAAUACUGUGGACUAUCUUUCUUGCAUUUUUCACAGGAGGGAAUCCGCAACCGGCCGAGAAUCAACAGCACGUAAAUACACUUGCCGAAGAAGCUACUAAUGGAACUGAUUUACGACACCAAGAAAGAGAGAAUCAGACUGUUGGUCCGGUAAUGGCUGGGCAUCUUGGCAUAGAUGCUGAUACUAUUGUUUAGCUUGCUUGGCAUGAUCCGGCAACGAACCACAAAGACUGGUGUUGACGGCUGGUUUUGACAGACUGAUAUAGUAACUAAGAUUUGCAAAGAUGAUACUUGAGAAAUAAUACGGGCCACAGCAAUCUAGGAAGACUACAGAAAUUCAUGCAGUGAAUUUUAUUAAAGGAAGAGAGAAUAGAGCAACAUGUGGUGUCGAAC